CUCUGUCACUCAGCCCCUGGUAGGGUUGCGCACUGAGACUGAGAGGCCUAAACCCUUUUUGGCAAAGAAGAAAGCGGCAGUAUUAUCAAAGGAGGGGCAAGUGUGACCUGAAGAAUCGCAGAAAUCAGGAUGAUGAGCUUCAAUGACCCGUCAACAGCCCUCCUAGCAGCUUGCGGUGGUGACACUGUUAAGCUUUUCGAUGUUUCUGUCGACCCAGGUGAUCCCUGCAUAUUAAGCUACAUACCUUCAGCAGGGUCCCAAGUGAAUUCAGUGAAGUGGAAUCACACCAAUUUGGUUGUUGCUAGUGCUGGAGAUGAUAGAAAGAUCUCAUUGUGGAGGAAAAAUGGGCAAAGCAUGGGGACGAUUCCAGUUUCUGGAAGUGACAGUGGAGACAAUAUUGAUGAAUCAAUAUUGGCAAUUAGCUUUAGCAGUAAAAGCUCUAGGUAUAUCUGCUCUGGAGGCAGUGGUCAAGUUGUAAGAAUAUGGGAUUUGCAAAGGAAAAGGUGUAUCAAGUGGUUGAAGGGCCACACAGAUACAAUUACGGGUGCAAUGUACAAUUGCAAAGAUGAGUACUUGGCCUCCAUUAGUUUGAAGGGGGAUCUUAUUCUUCAUAACCUCAGUUCUGGAGCAAGGGUUGCUGAAUUCAAGGACCCCAAAGAACAGGUACUGAGAGUGCUUGAUUACUCCCGUAUCAGCCGACAUCUUUUGGUUACGGCUGGAGAUGAUGGAUCUGUGCAUCUGUGGGAUACAACUGGCCGCAGUCCAAAGAUUUCUUGGUUGAAGCAGCAUUCUGCACCAACAACUGGUGUUAGCUUCUCACCUUCAAAUGACAAGAUAAUUGCUAGCGUUGGUCUGGAUAAAAAGUUGUAUACUUUUGAUUCCAGUACUAAAAGAUCCACAUUUUGCAUUCCUUAUGAGGCACCUUUCUCUUCAUUGGCAUUUAGAGAUGAUGGUUGGAUACUGGCGGCUGGCACAAGUAGUGGGCGGGUUGUAUUCUACGAUGUUCGUGGAAAACCACAGCCGUUCACUGUUCUUCGUGCGUAUGGUAGCUCAGAGGCUGUUACAAGUUUAUGUUGGCAAAGGUCAAAACCCAUUACUAUCAAUGAAAGUAAUUGUAAUGCUGAGAUUGCACUUCUGGGAGGUGCUGGGGAAGAUUCAAUCCUUAUGCCUGAUCCACUUCCUUCCGUGACAUCAUCAAGCCUUUCUCUUGCUACAGCAGUCCCUGGUUCUCGAAAUCCUGGCCGUUCAAGUCCCUUUGUUGAUUCGUCUUCUCUUAUGCCAACCAGCAGUGGAUCUACAUCAAGCACAAUGUACUCAUCUAACGCUGAGGAAACACCAAACCGAAAUCAUCUUUGGACUGGUGCAACUUUGUCGAGAUUACAAGCUCCUCGUACUAGUUAUAACUUCAAGGAUGAUAUGGAAGUAUUCUCUCCACUUGUGGAUGUUCAGCCAAUUACACCUUCGCUUGAUAAGUUAUGGGAUGAUCAUGAAGAGGGAAAGAAAGAUAAUGUAUCUGUUGAUAAAAAACCUGCAUCUCUGUUGUCCCCUUCACCCGGUAGAAGAUAUCCUUUUGCAGAUGACGGUGGAAAUAUUCCCCAUCCAAUCUCUGAUUGGAAAUUUAAUUCCAUUUCCAGACAGGAUGAUGCUCGAUCUUCCUCAUCACUAUCAACCACUACACCUGUUGCCUCAUCCAAGAGUGAAGAGUCUUCCACUACCCCUCCUGAAGUUUGGGGUGGCGAGGCAUUGCAUGAUAAAUUUAACCACCAUCGUCAAGCUGGUAUUUUGCCAUCUCGCUUUGGAACAUUGAUGCCAGGAUCCAUUGCAUCAACUUCCAAUUUUUCUGGCUUACAAGAUUCAUCCUUGCCCACAAGCUUUUCGAGUACGAGUUCCCUGGCAAAUGCAAACCUGAACUAUCCAAACCUGAGAGCAAGAGAUACCUCCUCCAGCCAAGAAACAUCUUUGGGACUACCAGAACAUGUUCGUUUUAGUUCUCUCUCCAUGUCCCAGGGGACAAAAAGCAUUGCAGCACAGGCUAAUCUGGAACUUCCUGUGUCAACAUCUCUGACCCUCCCUCGGAGAUUUUCCACUUAUGCAGAGAGAAUAAGUAGCACUCCCUCCUUCAGUGACGGGGCAGCCCUUGCAACAGGUUCACCAAAGGCCAAAAAAACAGGAGCUGAAACCAGGGAAGAGCUUAUAAGCAGUUUCUUGUCUAGAUCGGAAAUACAAGCAACCACAGGAUCAGGAAUUCAUCCUGUGAUAAAUGGAGAAACAUCACAAUCCCAUAGAAUACCUUCUCAGCCAGAUAUGCAGCAGGGAACCUCUUCAUUUACACUUCAGCUGGUUCAGCGCACUCUUGAGGAGACUCUAGCGUCAGUACAGAAAUCCAUCCAUGAGGAUAUGAGGAACCUUCAUAUUGAGAUAUUGAGGCAAUUUCAUUUACAGGAGAUGGAGAUGACAAGCGUAAUGAACUCAAUUCUUGAAAAGCAAGCCGAGUUGAUGAAGGAAGUGCAGUCUCUACGGAAAGAAAAUCAGCAGCUUCGCCAGUUGCUUUGAACAUUGAUUGAAGGUUGUUAACCCAUUCUGAUAUUCAUUUUUGAGAUUGUUAGCUGAGUUGAAGAAAGAAGUCCAGUCUCUACGGAAAGAAAAUCAGCAGCUUCGCCAGUUGCUUUGAACAUUGAUUGAAGGUUGUUAACCCAUUCUGAUAUUCAUUUUUGAGAUUGUUUUAUGGGAUCGUUCAUUCAAAAAUUCACGGUUCCCAUAUGAUUUGUGCUUAUUGAUAAAUGGGGAGAUUUUGAAUGAGGUUGUUAUCCGGCUCCUAGGGCCAGGUUUGCUGUAGUGGUGAUUGUUAUUUACAAAAGGUUGUUUGUUCCAGAAAAAG